CCGCCGGCAGGAGACGUUGAAGGGUCUCGAGGGCUUCUUUCAGCGAUACCACCAACAGCAAAAGCAGGCUGGGGAGAAACAGGAGUCCGGGCGCGACGAGAAGCAAUCAAAUAAGCAAACACCUCCACCGCCGGACGGCAAUCCCAAUGGCUUCAAUGCUAACCAGCUCGCGCUCCUUGCUACCACCGCCGCUAUCUUCUACGCCCUCUCUAAUACCUCGUCGACCGGCUCCAGGGAGAUCACUUGGCAGGAGUUCCGCACCGCCUUCCUCGACAAGGGUCUGGUAGACAAGCUCAUAGUCGUCAACCGGAGCAAAGUCCGAGUCAAACUGCACUCAAAUGCGACUGGUACCAUGUACCCUACUGCUGUCGUCGGAGGAGGGGACUACCAUUUCUCGAUCGGGUCCGUAGAGGCGUUCGAGCGUAAGCUGGACGAGGCGCAGAGGGAGCUGGGCAUUCCGUCACACGAACGGAUACCGGUCGCAUACCACGACGAGGUAUCAGCCUUCAGCUACCUUCUCAACUUCGGCCCCACACUCCUUUUCGCUGGUGUCCUCUUCUACCUCUCGCGAAGAGCCGGCGGCGGCUCCAGCUCUUCCGGCGGUAUCUUCAGUAUUGGCAAAAGCCGUGCUAAGAUGUUCAACAAGGACACGGACGUUAAGGUCAAGUUCAAGGACGUCGCCGGAAUGGACGAGGCGAAGCAGGAGAUCAUGGAGUUUGUCUCUUUCCUGAAAGAGCCUGCGCGAUACGAGAAGCUGGGUGCCAAGAUUCCUCGCGGUGCCAUCCUGUCUGGGCCUCCAGGUACGGGCAAGACAUUAUUGGCCAAGGCUACCGCCGGCGAAGCCAAUGUCCCUUUCUUCUCCGUCUCCGGCUCUGAAUUCGUUGAGAUGUUCGUUGGUGUGGGUUCUUCCCGUGUCCGCGACUUGUUCGCAUCUGCGAAGAAGAACGCUCCGUCAAUCGUCUUCAUUGACGAAAUCGACGCCAUUGGGAAGGCUCGUGGAAAGCGUGGCAGCUUAGGCGGCAACGACGAACGAGAGAACACUCUCAAUCAGCUACUCGUUGAGAUGGACGGUUUCGGUACUCAGGAGCAUGUCGUCGUACUCGCCGGUACCAACCGACCUGACGUUCUCGAUUCUGCGCUGAUGCGCCCUGGUCGCUUCGAUAGGCACAUUACCAUCGACCGCCCUGACGUUGGCGGCCGCAAGGGUAUCUUCAAGGUACAUCUUGGUCCCCUCAAGCUCUCCAAGAACCUGCCAGAGACGGACACGUUCGCGGAAAAGCUUGCUGUCCUGACGCCUGGAUUCUCCGGCGCUGACAUUGCCAACGUUUGCAACGAGUCUGCGUUGCAUGCUGCGCGUAACAGCCAUGAAGCGAUAGAGGAGUCAGAUUUCGAGAGUGCCAUUGAGCGCGUAAUUGUCGGACUGGAGAGGAAAAGCCGAUUGUUGAGCCCAGAUGAGAAGAAGACCGUCGCGUACCAUGAAGCUGGACACGCAAUUUGUGGAUGGUUCUUGGAGCAUGCAGAUCCGUUACUGAAGGUUAGCAUCAUCCCGCGCGGAGUCGGUGCGCUUGGGUACGCUCAGUAUCUACCGCCUGAUCGGUAUCUCCUAUCCACCCCGCAAAUGUUGGACCGGAUAUGCAUGACACUCGGUGGUCGUGUAUCGGAAGAGAUAUUCUUUGGUGCAGAGAACAUCACUACAGGAGCACAGGACGAUCUUCAAAAGAUCACUCGCAUGGCCUUUGAGGCGGUCGCCAACUACGGUAUGAACACUGUGGUCGGUCCCGUUAGUUAUGGCGGGGCGCAGGCAAGUGGGGAAAGCUGGCAGAAGCCCUUCAGUGAGAAGACCGGCGAGAUGCUGGACGCAGAAGUGCGGAAGAUGAUUGUAAACGCACACCAACGCACCACAGACCUCCUGACCAAGCACAAGGAGGAUGUAGAGAAGGUGGCGAAACUGCUGCUUGAGAAGGAGGUCAUUACACGAGAGGACAUGAUUGACCUUCUCGGUCACAGACCGUUCGCUAACCGCAAAGAUGCGAUGGACAAGUGGCUGGACGAGAACAGGAGUCGGGAGCGCAGUGCGCCUCCGCCACUUGAAGCGCCGGGUGAGCCCACACCAGCACCAGCUGCAAGCCCCCUGCCGGAGCAGCCAAGGCUAUGAUGCUGGCGCUCAUUCUUGAUGUCUGUGUUUUGUUGCUCAUGAUCAGUCGAAUGGCUUCACGUUAGACUGGGCGCAACCGCUUGUAUCACUGCAUUGUAUCUAUCUACGUACCUUACAGCACAACUCACGCACAAUGAUUGCUCACGGUCCUUCCGCGUCAGAUACCUCCUCGUUCGUCGUGUUUUUUGAUUCGUGAUCAUCGCAGCAUACUGUGGCCAGAGGAGCGUACACUAUAAUGAAUACCGGAAACCGCUCCACUC